CGGUGGGAUUGGGAUCGGGAGGGGGUUCCCACCCUCGCCCCCUGGGGCAGGGAGCCAGGGACGGAUUAUUCUCUGCGGGGCGACACCAACAAUUUCCUUUCGGCAUGUCAGGCCAAGGGGAUUGACAGAUGCAACGUCAUCUGCCACUUCGCAAUUCAGUCGGUAAGCAUACUGAACAGCAAAAUCUGACCACAACUGUCCUCAACAUGGCUGAACGGACGGGUAGUGGAGGAGUUCCAGUGAUGUCAACAUCAAGAGAGGUCACGAGUCCGAACUCAGUGAUCACCGAGCUCUUGGCAAGCUGUGACGAUUCCCAGCUGCUGCAGUUGAUGGACUCCUACCGGGACAGGCUGGAGCAGGCGAUGGAAGGAGGGGUGUCCGGAGUGAGCCUGGCGUUAACGGCCAAGAAUCAGUUCAGUGUACAGGAACAUCGGAAAAUCUCUGAUCUCGCUGAUAAGGGAGAGCGGGCGGACAGUUCUAAACUCCUCCUGAGCCUGGUGAUGGAGAAAGGCUCCCGCGCACAGAGGGUGAUGUGGGAAACCUUUGUGAAAAUGCGGAUUGGUGUCCCAAAGUUGGACAAAAUACUGAAAGAAGUACAGGAACAUGGUUGUGUUCUGGUCCAUCGACCCGUACCGGAGAUUCCCAGUGAGCUGAAAGACCAUCAAAAUCUGACCACAACUGUCCUCAAAUUGGCUCAAGGAGUGGGCAGGAGAGAAGUUCCAGUGAUGUCAAGAUCAGGAAAGGAGAUGGGUCCGAGCUCAGAGAUCACUGAGCUCUUGGCAAGCUGGAAUGAUUCCCAGCUGCUGCAGCUGAUGGGUUUCUACCGGGACAGGCUGGAGCAGGCGAUGGAAGGAGGGGUGCACGGAGUGAGCCUGGCGUUAACGGCCGAGAAUCAGUUCAGCGGAGAGGAACAUCGGAAAAUCUCUGAUCUCGCUGAUAAGGGAGAGCGGGCGGACAGUUCUAAACUCCUCCUGAGCCUGGUGAUGGAGAAAGGCUCCCGCGCCCGCAGGGUGAUGUGGGAAACAUUUGUCAAAAUGCGGAUUGGUGUCCCAAAGUUUGACAAAAUACUGAAGGAAAUACAGAUGUAUGGUUCUGAUCCAUCCCAUCGAUCAAAUCCCACUCAAGGUUUACUCAAGAUUCUCAGUGAAUUGAAAGAUGCUCAACAGAAACACAAGGAGACUCUACGGGCACAAACUGAAAAACUGAGAGCGAACACGAUCCUGAUGAGGGAGAAGGUGAAGGUUUUCCAGCUGGUUGAUCGAUACGCUGAGCUCACGGUCAUUUCUACUGUUCGAGAUCGGAGACUGGUGGAACAUGAGUUGCUGGCAAGAGGCAGAGACCACGAGGAGUGGAGAGAGAAACAUCUCCGCAGAAAGCUGGAAAAAAUCCGGACUGAUCAGUUGUUCCAGAGCAGCUUUUCCCGGAGUAAAUCCAAAUCUGGGAGUUCGGCAGCAGUGGCUGGAGUCCCGGGGAUCGGGAAAACAACAAUGGUACAAAAGAUUGUUUAUGAUUGGGCCAUGGGGAAAAUAUACCAACAAUUCCAGUUUGUCUUCAGUUUCAAAUUCCGGGAUUUAAACUCUAUUAACUGCAGAAAAAACCUGAGGCAACUAAUUCAGGAUCAAUAUCCUUACUUUGGGAAUAUCCUGAGAGAUGUUUGGAAGAAUCCAGAGGGAUUGCUGUUUAUAUUUGAUGGUCUGGAUGAAUUCGAGCACAGAAUUGAUUUUGCUGACAGUCAAAGAGAUACAGAACCCAAGCACCAGUGCCCAGUUCCCGAGUGGUGUUGUGAAGUGUCUGACAUUUUGUACAGUUUAAUCCAGGGCAAGCUGCUCCCAGGGUGUUCAGUGCUGGUGACCACCCGUCCCACUGUGUUACAUUUAUUGGAUAAAGCCAAGAUCAGCGUCUGGGCUGAAAUCCUGGGAUUUGUUGGUGAGGAACGGAAGGAAUAUUUCAUCAGGUAUUUUGAAGAUCAGACGGUGGCAGAAGCUGUUUUCAAACAUGUGAAGGAGAAUGAGAUCCUGUACACCAUGACCUUGGGGGAAAUGAACUGGGAGAUUCAGGAGUGA